AUGACUUUGAAGAUUUUGGUUGCUUGCAUCAAACAACCAGAUGUAGAUUUCUAUUUAUUUAUUUAUUUAUUUGAUGACUUCAUAGCCCCAAUUCCAAGUUGUUAUCAAUCUAAUUCAAUGCUAUUCAUCAUUUUCAGUCAUUUGAUUCCUUCUAACUGGCUGGCUGGCUGGCAUUAUUCAUCUCCUCUCCUCUCCUCUCAUCUUGGCAAAUCGACGACAAAGGAAAACAAGGCUACAGCCGUACAUCUCCAUUGCGUUGGUUUCCCUGCCAAAGUUUUCCUUACCUGGCCGGCCAUGUGUUCUCGAGCAAAGUUUUGCAGUUGUUGCAGCUGUUGAUGAAGGUCUGCAGUUUGUUCAUAUUGGCGUCGGAGAUCCGGAUGUUAUUUUCAUGCUGAGUC